AUGUCAUCAGCGCGCGGUAUCAUCGACCUAACUUUUUUUAUUUAUCAGAUUUUCCAUACAGUUAAAGCUGUUUGGCGUACUACCUUGGAGUUUAUCUUUACAAAAAAAUUAUUAUUAAACUAUUACGAAAUGGCAAGACCAAGUAAAUCUGUUAACAAUGAAAACUCACGUGGAGUUACUAAAAGAGCUAAAAAGGAUGCUAAUGCUCCAAAGCGUGGGAAAUCAGCUUACAUGUUUUGGCUAGCUGAAAAUCGUGCCCGUCUUACCAAACCAGGAAUGGGUGUUACUGAUGUUGCUAAGGCUGCUGGUGCUGAAUGGAACAAACUUCAAGACAAGCAGAAGUGGGAAAAGAUGGCUGCAGAAGAUAAGGAACGUUAUGAGAAAGAAAUGGCCACUUAUAAAGCUAACCAAUAA